AGGGGAGAUGCUGACUUGUCCUAGUACCGCUAAACUUAUCUCAUGCCACGUCACCACCUCCUCCAUUUUCUCUCUUCGCCACCUUCCGUAUAUCUUUCUCAUCAACACCUACCAGAUUCACCAUUUCCUUUACUCGCUCAAUCAUGGAGAAUACUCAAACAAUCACGGAGAACACAAACUUCCACCGCCACCAACAAGUCGUCACAAAAUCCGAUGGCUGUGAUUUCCCCUUUGAUGACUGCGAUUACCAAUCAGGAUUUGCCAACAGCUUCGAGUCUGAGGCCAUCCCUGGAGCUUUGCCUGCUGGCCAGAAUAGCCCGCUCGUGUGUCCUUAUGGUCUUUAUGCUGAGCAGAUCUCUGGGUCCUCUUUCACUUCUCCUCGCAAGCUUAAUCAACGCAGUUGGCUAUAUCGAAUUAAACCAUCGGUUACCCAUGAGCCAUUUAUGCCACGGGUUCCAAGUCAUGGGAAGAUAGUGAGCGAAUUUGACAAGACAAACAGUUGUACAACGCCUACUCAGCUACGGUGGAAGCCUGUGGAUAUCCCCGACUCCCCAACUGAUUUUGUUGAUGGGUUCUACACAGUUUGUGGGGCUGGUAGCUCCUUUCUUCGCCAUGGAUAUGCUAUUCACAUGUACACAGCUAACAAAUCAAUGGACAACUGUGCUUUCUGCAAUGCUGAUGGUGACUUCUUGAUAGUUCCCCAGCAAGGAAGGUUAUGGAUAACUACCGAAUGUGGAAAGCUGCAAGUCUCUCCUGGUGAAAUUGUUGUUUUACCUCAAGGGUUCCGUUUUGCUGUAGAUUUGCCAGAUGGCCCAUCACGUGGUUAUGUUGCUGAGAUUUUUGGUACCCAUUUUCAGCUUCCUGAUCUUGGGCCAAUAGGUGCUAAUGGCCUUGCUGCUUCAAGGGAUUUUCUUGUUCCCAAGGCCUGGUUUGAGGAGUGUUCUUGUCCUGGAUACACUAUCAUACAAAAGUUUGGUGGAGAACUAUUUACUGCAAAACAGGAUUUUUCUCCCUUCAAUGUAGUUGCCUGGCAUGGUAAUUAUGUUCCAUAUAAAUAUGAUCUCAAAAAGUUUUGCCCCUAUAAUACUGUUUUGAUUGAUCAUAGUGAUCCAUCAAUAAACACAGUUCUGACAGCACCAACUGAUAAGCCUGGAGUGGCAUUGCUUGAUUUUGUCAUUUUUCCUCCCCGGUGGUUGGUUGCCGAGCAUACUUUCCGACCUCCAUAUUACCAUCGCAAUUGUAUGAGUGAAUUUAUGGGCCUGAUUUAUGGUGCAUACGAGGCAAAAGCUGAUGGUUUCCUCCCAGGUGGUGCAAGUCUUCAUAGCUGCAUGACUCCACAUGGUCCUGAUACGAAGACAUAUGAGGUUCUCAGACGAUGGAUGAAUUCAGUAGAAACCUCAUAUUGCUAAAUGAUUUUCUUGGGGUGUGGUGCUAAUCUAAAUCAAUAGUUUCUUUUGUGUGAUUAGUAUAAAUUUUAAGAAGUAUCUCUCAUUUCAAUGUCCAUACACUGCUGCAUUUCAAAAUGUUUAACUGUCUAACAAUUCAGCAAACUGUCAUGAUCUAAAAACACUGUAUUUGCUUCACAGACUACCAUUGGACGCGGGAAUGAUGCAGUCCCAUAUAAAAUCACCGAUACAAUGGCUUUCAUGUUUGAAUCAUGUUUAAUCCCCAGAAUCUGCCUGUGGGCAGUUGAGUCCCCAUUUGUGGAUCGUGAUUAUUACCAGUGUUGGAUUGGACUCAAAUCCCAUUUUUCACAUGGAGCAGAUCCUAAGAGCAAUGGUAUAUAAAAUGGACAUCAGGGAAAUUGAAAGUAACGUGGCUCAAUUUGGUCAUCAAACAUAAAUCUUGGGCGUGAGCUCUGCUGCUCAAUUGUCCAGCAUGUAUGCACAUAAAGCAAUAAUAAGAAAGGAAUAGAAAUAUAUAUUCAAGUUGGCAAACAUUGAAAUAGUAAGCUUCUGUAUUUGUAAUUAGUCGACUGAGCCAUGAAUAUUGAAUAAUGCAUAUAAUGUCCGUUUCGUC